AGCACAUUGAAUUGUCCAUGUCUUUCUUCAUCUUAAUGAACAUUAGUCUGGGGAGUCUGCGCUUUAAUUCUACUACACAAGAGGCGUGAUCAGGCAUUUUUCAAAUGGCUUUUGGAUAGUCCUUCAACCAAUCAGACCAAUGAUCGGGGUGCGCCUUUUGAAUAAGCUAGUUUGUGAUUGGGCUCAGAAGAUGUGGACAGGAAGCAGGAGAGAUAGGUGUGCAGGUUUACAGCCUGAGCUGCAGGGCGAAACCCAAAUUGCCCGCAGAUCAGACAGAGUUUACCCAGCCUACGUGUGGAGUUUUUUCAAUCUCAUUCUUCUCUGCACAGGUAUGGUGCGUCAGUGUGAUGUAUCAGUUGUGAUCUUGAUUGCUUGUGGAAGUAUCUCAGUGUAAUGUAUAUCAGUUGGAGCUUUCCUUUCAACUGGCCACUUGCCUCCUUAGCAGGUGAUGGUCAACAACUGGUUACGCUGUAAGAGCAGAUGCAAUGUGUCAGAGAGCCAAUUUCAUGACACACUGUAGGUGUGAACCAAACAGGUGUUGAUUCAGAUUUAGCAGCACAGCAUAUCUUGCUGAGCUGGACAGAGGAAGCAGCAUCUAGCCUUCCUCAUGCUAGUCCUUCUGGAGGAGGAAGUGAUCAGUUUUGGGUUUAAUGCGAGUCGGUGCACUGCUCUGUUAAGUCAACGUAAAAGUAAUAAAAUACUUAGUAAAAUCUUAUACACUUACAGAUUUUACAAAGAGUAUUUUAUUAUGGACAAACUGUAUAUCCUGAGGCUGCUGGCUUGCAUCUUCCUUCUCACAGGUGCCAAAACAAAGGAACUUCCCAUGGUGUUUUCCAGUGUAGGAGGACAUGCCAUGUUUCAGCUGUCCUCUGGGAACACAUCAAACUGCACCUCAGUUACGUGGUUACAACACUGCCCUGGAUCUAUAGGUCAAGUAGUAGAAGUAGUCUCUCAAGGGAAAAUCACUGCUGAGCACAAGCACAAAGCUGACAGACUGAGUCUGGACUCUCACUGUUCUCUGCAUAUUGCUAAUGUCAGCAGAGAAGAUGCAGGAAUGUACCUAUAUGGGAUAUCUCAAGGAAUGAUUACUGUUCACAAGACUUGUGCUUACCUUUUUGUUCUCUAUAUCUCGGCUUUCCCAUCACAGACAGUCAGCACAGCAGAUUACAGUGUGACUCUGCACUGUGCUCUGCAUCCCCAGGAUGUGUGUGAGAGGAAAAUGAAGAACAGUGAAGAAGUUCAGCUGAGCUGGCUGGGCAAGGAAGAACCUAAAAAGGACCACUUCUGUCCAGUCGGGGAGUCUCCUCAGUGUCACAUCAUCUUGACCGAGCAGCUUGAGCAGCCAGAUGGGGAGACGUGGACAUGCCAGCUAACUGCAGGAGACGAGGUUAAAGCCUCUGUGACGUACCCCGUCAAAAUCAGUAAGGAGUUCCCAAUCAGACUUACCAUCUUCUUCAUUCUGGUGAUGGUGCCCUUGGUUGUUGGGGCUGUUCAUCUGGUGAAGAGGAGGAAGCUGUAAUACUAGAGUGGGAAUAAGUUCUUAUAGCAUAACCAUUCAUACCCACUGCUGUGAAUUGCCUUUCCUCUGAAUUUUGGGGUGUGGAAUUAGUAUUGUUUGAUACUGUGUGAGGAACGGAGACUCAAAGGCAUUAGAUGGCAACACAAUUUCCGAACACCUAUUCUGUUUUUCUACACGGACAUCCGACAAAUAAAAGUUUUGAACUGAAAUGACAACUAGCUCCUUUGGUUUACUCAGCACAAAGUGGUGUAGUAUAUACUACUUUUACUUUCCUUACAUGCCCAAUUUAAUGUGAUUGCAUUGUAGUACAUUGCAUUGUAGUACAUUUUUAGUAUACAGUAAUAGAAACCUAUGUAGGCCUACUUGUGUUUUUUAGAUAUCUAGGCCUAGAGGAGAACCACUGCCAUAUAUUCUAUUUUUGUGUUGUUUCAUUUUUAAAUAAAUGUUGCUGAUAUCAUUUUGAGCUUUCCUUUCAACUGGCCACUUGCCUCCUAGCAGCGAAUGGUCAACAGCAGCCGUAAGCAACAGGAAUGGAAAGUGAUAAACAUAAAUCUGUAAUGUGAUUAUAUACAAUACAUGGACUGAUCACAUAGAACAUCCUAACGGAGUUUGGCAUUGGAACAUCCUAACUGAGUUAGGUAUAGGUUACGUAUUUAGACAGGAAACCAAUUAGAACCUCAAAAACACUGUUCACAGGUCAGUUCUAAAUGUCAAUGAGAGGCUGCUGUGAGGGAUUACACACUAGAUGGCGAUCAAGGGUCAGCAGCCCCAGUCAAAAGAGAGCUG